GUCGCGCUCCCGUUUCACUCAGCACUCAGCAGUUGGAUCUGCAUGAGCUUUCGUUGCCACGCUGAGCUUUUGGCAUCUCAAUGCGUGUCUGGGGGGACGUCGAACUCGCCCCAGCAGCGGACUGCCCACCACCGCCACGAUUCAGUUCAUUUGCAUGAGGCCACCACGCUCCCGCGACCUCCUGCUUACAACCCAGUACCAGCAACGUACUGCAUACGAGUAAGCUUGAAGGGGAUGUUGUUUGUUUGGGGAGGGGGAAGGAGUGCGAAUUUGAGCAUUAGUGCCCAAGAUAAGCGAUUCGGAGCGAAUUGCUAACCAGAUCCAGGCGGUCUCAAGUGCUCAUAUGCCUGUCAAAUUCUUUGUUUUGACGGAACAAGAGAUUUCACGUGUGGUGGUUUGAAGUUGUUUCGAGGGAUCCAUUUCUGGGUCCUUGAGGUUGCGCUCAGGGAGCGGAUAAUUAGACUUUCAAACCGGUAAUGAAGAAGGGUUGUGUCGUUUGUUACGUUGCUGCAAUCAUCCUCGUGACAACAUUACUUCAGACCUGCUCCGUGACGGCGUUCUUUGCAGACGCAGUCCCUCAACCUUUCGUCUCACCAGGACAUGGCUUCCCUGGCUUCAAUAGUAUGCGCCACAGGAACAUUCUGCGUGACGAAGUCACUGCCAGGCUAAAGGAGCUCGGCAACGUGAGUGACUCUAAGGACGUUCUCCAAAGAACUUUCUUGAGCCCAGCGGCUUUAGCAGCGGGCCGUCUUCUUGCAGUGUGGAUGAAAGACGCUGGCCUCAGAACAUGGGAAGAUGAGCUGGGGAAUGUUCAUGGUCGUUCUGAUGGAGCCAAUGCCACUGCUCCUGCGCUCCUCCUAGGUUCCCACAUGGACACGGUGAUCGACGCAGGAAGGUAUGAUGGAGCACUGGGUAUCGUGACAGCAAUUGCAGCAGUGAAAGUUCUGAAAGUUGAGGGGAAAUUGCAUCAGUUUCCUCGUCCCAUCGAGAUUAUUGCGUUUAGCGACGAAGAGGGAAUUCGGUUUCAGACCACGUUUCUGGGCAGCAGUGCUGUCGCCGGGACUUUCCAACCCAAGCACUUGAAAAACGUGGAUGCAAGAGGCAUUUCAAUUGGAGCUGCACUACGAGCGGCGUCACACCUUGGAACAACGGAGAGCGUCUCCUCUUUGAAGUACAAUCCAGCCUCUGUGUGGGGUUAUGUCGAGCUGCAUAUUGAGCAAGGACCUGUGCUGGAGGCCCAUGGGUUACCCUUAGGGGUUGUUGAAGCAAUAGCCGGCCAAACUCGUUUGACAGUUCGAGUGCAUGGAUCUCAAGGGCAUGCUGGUACUGUUCCCAUGUCCAUGCGCAAGGACCCCAUGAUCGCAGCAGCGCAGUCUAUUGUAUCCAUUGAGAACAUCUGCACACACCCUGAGAAGGGUGUUGGCGGCAGCCGUGGUGCCACUGCUAUGUCCACUGCCGUCAACCAUGCAGGCGCAAUUGUGUGCACAGUUGGUGAGAUUCACUCGUGGCCUGGGGCUAGCAAUGUCAUUCCUGGAGAGGUGAUGUUUACCAUCGACGUGAGAUCCAAGGAUGACUCAGAUCGUGAGACGAAUGUGGUGCGGAUUGAGGGUGGGAUUCACAAGAUCUGCCGGAAACGUGGUGUCAGAUGCAGCAUAGAGAGAAAGCAUGAGGCGAACGCAAUAGCGUGUGCACCAGGAUUGAACGACCGGCUCCACGCUGCUGCCCAAGCAGCAAUGAAAGAAUUGCCGCCAUUUCGCAACAACGUCUCUGCACUGGAUGAUGGUGGAUUCACAGCUCCAACAUUAGUUAGCGGCGCUGGCCACGACGCAAUGGCAAUGGCCUCCCUUACUCAGGUGGGUAUGCUCUUUUUGAGGUGUACAGGUGGUGUGAGCCACUCGCCCGCUGAGCACGUCCAGGACGACGACAUUUGGGCUGGCAGCCUCGCCCUCCUCCACUUCAUGGAAGGCGUUUUAGGAGAUCUCUCUCGUUAAUCAACUUAAUCUCUAACUAUCUUCUCUCAACUGUACAUACAUUUUGAUUACUCGGUAAAUACACCCACCAUUGAUUUGAUUUGUAGUAGAGUCCACCAUAACCUCGACAAGUCCACGGAAUCCUUGUGUAAAUUCGGCUUAGAGUUAGGCAACCUUUCUCCCUCAGAGUCCAAGCUAAGCUUCUUUUCUGGUAGUCUACCAUCUCUCUCUCUCUCUCACGAGCCAAGCCCCCCAUCUAAUGCUUCUGAAAAGCUGUGUAGGAUUUGCUAUUUCCACUUAAGUUCCACUCUGAUUUUGUAUCAUGCCACGAUUGCUCACUCUAUCCUGAAUCCGACAACCUGUUCAUUCCUGAGUUCUAUAUUUUCAAAUCCUUUUUUCAUUUGUCAAUCCAGCACAAUUUUUGCCUUUUAUUUUUAAGCCACUUGGAUAAUAUCUCCCACUGAAUUGCAACGUCUGGCUGUCUCGGAAUUACCCUGGUCCACAUUAAUUAUAUGUUCUCUUGUGACACAAGUGUUACGUUUCUUUGCC